AUGGCAAAGGUCGGAACUGAUUGGCUGCUUGGCCUCCUGAUGGUCUGUUGCCAGGUUUCGAUGCCCGGGGGCGGCUUGGAUCGCUGCAUGAACGGAGGUGUCACUCUUGAAAACGUUCUGAUGCAGCAAAUCGCUGCUGCGACCUGGACGGACCAGGACUGCGCCCGUCGCGAACCACGCAAUGCGGUACGGUUCAUUGUGCUGGGUGCUGGCGGUGUCCUGGUCUGGUCUGGCAAAAAGGGGAUCGCUGACGUCUCAGACCAAGUUUCAGAGGCGAACAGCAGGACAGGGGGCCAUGCACUCGGACUGUCCCGUUGUGCUGGACAAUUGCGGAAAACGGGACAGGGACCCAAGGGCCAGGGGACGGGGAACUUCUGGAACUGGGCGUUGAAGGUGACCGGGGUUUGCGAAUGA